AUGACCGGCUCGUUGAACACCUUCACGAAGAGGGCUCAGAGUUUUAAAACCACCAAGAGACGCCUGUCUCUUGAAACUCUUGAGCUGAUACGCAACCGUGGCAGCAGGGAACCAAGAACUCACAUCCGAGCUCGCAAGGCUUUGCAGAGAGGCGAUAAAGAAAGACCUCGAAGAGAGAAGAGCAGAUGUGCUGGCUGCAGCUGCAGAACCGGGGAAAAGCAUCCGCUAUGCCCGUCGAGACUUCGCCAGUCGCAAGACGAGGAUGACUGCUCUCCGGAACCCAAAGGGAACAGCCAUUGCAUCGAGAAGGGGGAUGGAGAAAAUCAUCUACGACUUCUACUCUGA